GCACGUGAAACGACGCAAACGGUGCGGGCAGAAAAAUAUUUUUUUUAUUAUCGGAUAGCGGACAUGUUUAAUGUAUGAGUCUGUUUUGUGACGUGCGUUCCAACUUCGAAGGGUAGCUUCAUCGCUUUUUCAACCGAAUUACAUCGAAUAUCAACAAAAUAAGCAUGGCAUGCCUUCUACGAGUUUCGUUGCCUGUUCGCCACUUGCGCCACACGAGCUACGUUCGCCAUAAUCGCCACUCGAGCCCCGCUUGCCAUAAUCGCCACGCCAGCCAAGCCAUUGUGUAUUCGGCGGAGGUGCAGCAAGCAAAGAUGGAUAACAAACCGCUUGUGGCAUUGGAGUCCACGAUCAUAACACACGGCAUGCCCUACCCACACAACAUACAAACUGCUCUCGCUGUGGAGAAUAUCAUAAGAGAAAAUGGCGCAGUACCAGCUACUAUAGCGAUAAUUAAGGGUCAACUACAUGUUGGACUGUCUGAGGCCCAGCUGGAGUACUUGGCGCAGGCGAAGGGCGUGGUGAAGGCGUCCCGGCGCGAUCUGGCACCUGUAAUGGCGGCGAAACAAGAUGGCGCCACUACUGUAGCGGGAACCAUCAUCGCCGCUGAACUGGCUGAUAUACCGAUAUUUGUUACUGGCGGAAUAGGUGGUGUCCAUAGAGAAGCGGAGAGCACGAUGGACAUAUCGGCCGACCUCACGGAGUUGGGACGGAGCAAGACCCUGGUAGUCUGCAGCGGCGUCAAGUCCAUUCUGGAUAUUGGCAGGACGCUGGAGUACUUGGAGACUCAAGGUGUGACUGUCUGCGCGUUCGGCGAUACUACCGACUUUCCCGCCUUCUACACGCGGCAGUCAGGUCACGUGGCUCCGAACCGCGCGGCUGACGCCAGCCACGCCGCCCGCAUACUGCUAGCCGCGAAGACCUUCCUACUGGGCUCUGGCAUCGUCAUAGCGGUACCCGUGCCAGAACAACACGCUAUGGACGGUAACGUGAUAGAGGCGGCUAUAUCUCGGGCGUUAUUAGAUGCGAAGUCCCGAGGAAUUCGGGGCAAGGAAGUUACUCCGUUCAUCCUGGCCGCUGUCUCUGAAGCGACCCAGGGCGCUUCGUUAAACACAAACAUCGCACUCAUAAAAAACAACGCUAAAGUCGGCGCUGAAAUAGCGGUCCAGUUUAAUAAAUUGAGGAAUAGCAGUGGAAGAAGCGAUAAGAUUGCGAGGAAAAACGAUUUGGAUCACGUAACGAGGAAAUUCCACACCGAAUGUGGAGGAGGCGAGGAAGCCGUGUUGGUUAUUGGAGGCGCUAACGUGGAUCGAGCUUACCGGGUGACGGAGGAUAAUGUGCAGCUAGAUGGCAGCACUCACCCGUGCAAGAUAUCGCAGUGUGGUGGCGGGGUGGGCAGGAACAUGGCGGAGGCUCUGUGGCAGCUGCGGCGCGGGCGGACCCGCCUGCUGACUGCUGUCGGCAACGACGCCGACGGUGCUUACCUACAGGACAUCGCCCCGGGACUGUUUGUUGACGGUUGUGUUGUGGAUGGGGCCCGUACAGCUACGUAUGCUGCUGUAUUCGACAAGAAAGGAGAAUGCUUGCUCGGCCUGGGGGACAUGGAAGUACAUAAUCUGAUAUCGAUUGAUUUGGUGAAGAAACACGUAGACAAGAUCAGGAACGCUCAACUAGUCGUGCUGGACGGGAACAUUCCUCAAGCCACCAUGGACUAUGUAUUACAACUCUGCUGCGAAUUAAAGAAGCCAACAUUUUUCGAGCCCACCGACAGAAGAAAAGCGAUAAAAGUACUUAGCAGAUCUCAAGUUUCAUACUCAUCACCAAACAUAGCAGAACUAAGGGCGAUGGCUAAGUUCAUUGAACCUACACACUCUAUUAAGGCUGACACUACAGUAGAAGAAAUCAUAGAAUUAUACAAAAUUAUAUCACAAUUUGUAGACUUCCUUUUAGUAACAUUAGGAGAAAAGGGUGUGGUAACAAUUAGGAAAGUGAAAAAUUGUGAACCAAAUGUCCAAGUAUAUAACAUCCCUGAUGUUUUGAAUAAUGUAGAAAAUGUAUCUGGAGCAGGAGACUGUUUUGCCAGUGGGUUCAUCUAUGGUAUUCUUCAAGGAAUGUCAGAGAGUUCAUGCAUUUCCACUGGUUUCAAGACUGCAAGAGCCUCACUUGUGUCGAAAAAUAAUGUGCCAUCACAUUUUGAUGGGUAAAUACACUGAUUAAAUUUAGAAACUUUUUAAUGGUAAAA